AUGGGUCAUAUGGGCAAGAUGGAAAAUAGCAAUUUGGGGCAAAUGGUGAACAAGUAUAUAAGGAAAAGCAAUAGAAGUUCUUGGACCGAAGAAACGAUGCAGAUGGCGAUGAAUGAAGCUAAAACUACAUCAAUAAGCUCGGCGUCAAAAAAAUAUGGAAUUCCAAUCGGAACUUUUUAUCGUCAUAUUAAAAAAGCGGACUCGUCCAAAAACUUAGGAAGGUUUAAACCUGUUUUUUCAAAAGAACUGGAGAGGGAAAUAUGUGAUCUUGCAAUGGAACGUGAUAUACUUUUUUAUGGUUUAACAAAGCGAAGUCUACAACAACUAGCUUAUGAGGUAGCGAAAGUAAAUAAUAUUCCGCAUCCUUUUGCAUGUGAAAAAGCUGGAAAGGCAUGGCUUGAUGAUUUCAUGAAAAGACAUCCCCAACUGGCGUACAGGACACCAGAACCCACAGCUUUAGCUCGUUGUUCUGCUUUUAAUCGCACGCAAGUGAAUCGGUUCUAUGAUAACCUGUGGAGCAUUAUAUCUCACCAUAACUUUUUGACAAGACGACCCGAUGACAUCUAUAAUAUGGAUGAGACUGGUGUCAAGACCAGUGCUUCCAAACCUCCAAGAGUUAUUUCUGUAAAAGGUAAAAAACAAGUAGGAGUUGUAGCAACAGCAGAAAAAGGGCAACAUACCACAGUAAUCUGUGCUUGCAGCGCAACUGGUCGAUUCAUCCCUCCUUGCUUUAUAUUUGGACAAAGAAAAAGAAUGAAUGAACGCCUUCUAGAUGGACCUCCUAAUGGUUCUCUAGCUUGGGUUUCAGAUUCUGGUUGGAUAACUAACAGCACUUUUAACAACUGGCUAAAAAUUUUUAUUGAUAAAACAAGACCAAAACAAGACAGACCAGUUUUAUUGAUUCUAGAUAACUAUUCUACUCAUCAAAACUUGGAAGCUUUAAAUUUAGCUCGACAAAACCAUUUAAUUAUGGUCAGUAUUCCCCCCCAUACGAGCCAUAAGCUACAACCAUUGGAUGUGUCAGUUUACCGUUCAUUCAAAGUAGCUUUUGAGCAAGCGCUAGAUACUUUUCAAAAGAAUCAUCCCGGAAGAAGGGUAAAUCAGUUUGAUAUAGCUAGACUUGUCGGCAUUGCCUAUGAAAAAAGCGCUACUGUACAAAAUGCCACAAAUUUGGAUUUUGCACCUGCAACUGUUUAUGAAAAUGCUGCAGUUAUUGAAGAGCAAUCAAAUACUGCUGUAACAGAUGGAGACAAAAAUAAAGACCCUGUCGUUGCGGAAAACAUAGGUUUAAAUAAUGAUAAUGUUACAGAAAUUGAAAAUCCAUGUGAUGUCAUCAAGGAUCCUGUUGAGAAAAACAAUACUGAUGAACCACCCGCUGGCAACGAUAGUGAAGGCAAACAGAAAGAAGAAAAGGAACUUAAUUCUGACGAUAAAAAAAAUGAAAAAAAUCUACUUAUUAUUAUUAAUGUUUAA